ACCGGAUGUUGAUGCUGGCAAAAGCACAAUCUUGGGUGAUGUUAUUUGCAUUGCUUAGUUACUGACGCGCACACGAAGGCAACUAAUUGUUAUUUAUGGACUCUUAAAUAAAGUACAAUUUUCGUUUUGAAUUAACAUUUCAAAAACAAUGUUUUACCUUGUAGAGGACAUUUGGUUUUGGAGGCAGAAUGGCCCAGAUUAAUUAAUGUUUUCGUAACCAAGUUUAGGUAGCUAACGUUAGCACGGGGUAUUUUUCUUUCACAUAAGUUACUAACGUUAGAUAGCUAACUAACGUUAGCUAGGUAAUGGAUUUUCAAAGAAAACAUGAUGGAAUUGGAGAUAAUUCGUGGUCAACGCUCAUUGUAAAUUUUGUAGCUAGUUGUGUGCGACACUGCUAGCUAGUAACCUUCAUUUAUCUGUGGCUAACAGCAUCUUUAGCUAGUAAACAACAUCGUUCGCCCUUAAGUGUUCGACAAGGCAUUCCACACACAACUUCUCCCACCCGCAGUCGAGGAUCUCCAAAACUCGGUCUUAACUUGAUACCAAUGCGUGGGAUGAUGGCUACACAGGGCAGCCCUGUCAAGAGUUACGACUACCUCCUGAAAUUCUUGCUGGUUGGAGACAGUGAUGUGGGGAAAGGAGAGAUCCUAGACAGUCUGCAGGACGGAUCAGCAGAGUCUCCCUAUCCCUACAGCAGUGGGAUUGACUACAAGACUACCACAAUCCUGUUGGAUGGGAGAAGAGUCAAGUUAGAGUUGUGGGAUACGUCUGGACAGGGUCGAUUCUGCACAAUCUUCCGGUCAUAUUCACGUGGGGCACAGGGAAUCCUGCUAGUUUAUGAUAUCACAAAUGGCUGGUCGUUUGAUGGCAUUGACCGCUGGAUCCGGGAGAUCGAUGAGCAUGCUCCGGGGGUGCCCCGCAUCCUAGUUGGCAACCGGCUCCACCUGGCCUAUAAGAGGCAGGUGCCCACGGAGCAGGCCCGCGCCUACGCCGAGAAGAAUGGCAUGACCUUCUUUGAGGUCAGCCCUCUGUGCAACUUCAACGUCAUCGAGUCGUUCACGGAGCUGUCGCGCAUCGUGCUGAUGAGGCACGGCAUGGAGAAGUUCUGGAGACCAAAUCGAGUGUUCAGCCUCCAGGACCUGUGUUGCCGCUCCAUCGUCUCAUGCACCCCCGUCCACCUCAUUGACAAGCUGCCUCUCCCGGUGGCCAUCAAGUCCCACCUCAAGUCCUUCUCCAUGGCCAACGGAAUGAAUGCUGUCAUGAUGCAUGGACGCUCCUACUCCGUGGCCACCAAUGCGGCGGGCGGCGGCGUGAGCGGCAACAACAGCAGCAGCAAGGGAAACCGUCUCAAACGCUCCAAGUCCUUUAAACCGCCAUCGAGACCCCCCAAGACUAGUAGCAGCAAAAGUAACUGUAACAUCACCUAGUGAGGGGCGAGGGAGGAACUUCUGAGGCCUCCCAUUGGGCCUAAUGCUAUCGCUGUAUGGGGCGCUCAGGGUUCCCAAUUUGGAGAUGCAUAAACGCACAACAGGAACUGUAAGAGCUGUGAGGGAGUCCAAUAUGGCUUUCACUCUUUCAUAGUCCCCUAUCGCCAUCUUGUGGGUCGCUGUUAAUACCCACAGCUACCACCCACUGUGACCAGUAGAGAUCGCUAGCUUGUAGUCCUAAAACCCGGAAGUGAGUUACCUCUGGUUCGUUCAGCCUUUCCUAUGGGGAAAGAAUGGGGUUUUGGGAUAAACACUGAAAAUAAGGUCAGGGGUUAACAGAGGCUUAGGAGAUCUUAUACAGUACACUUUGUUCUAUGAGAAAAUAUCAGUCAGUUAACAUGACCUUUAUUCAUGUGCUUUUUUUAUUACAUAAAUGCUUCAAAAUUCACAAAGUGACGUUAGCUGAUGAAGAUGAUCUCCUAGAACAAAACGUACAAGAUCUCCUAACUCUGUGUUUACCACAGACCUUAUUUUCAGUGUUUAACUAAAAACGACAGUCAUUUUCCCCAUAGGCUUUGUUCAUCGAACCGUGGCGGAGUUAGUGCCUACAAAAAGACAUGACUAUUUCUCUCCAUACAGCCUCUUGGACUUCAAGCUGUGACUUCAUCACUCACCUUACUGUCAACACUACAAGAGAGUAUGAGGACUCUGAACAGAUUCACUGGGUAUAUUUAAGUCAAGACUUAUUGUACAUACGUGGUAAUAGGUCGGCUUGUUUUCCAGCAGAUUUUUUUUGCACUGACCUCUUACGUGAUUUGUCUUUAAUGUUUUGGGAGUUUGUGUUUGGGAUUGUGUUAUUAUGCCUGUCCGUUGACUUUGUCUCUCUUCAAUACUUAUAGCCUAUGUCUGGGUUGUGUUCAUUAGGGCAUGCGAUGGAAAACGUUUUGCAGCGGAAACCGAAAAUUUGAGAGUUUUUUUUUCUUGAACAAGCUCAUGUUGUCCUUUCUUGUUUCUUUUCUAUUUUUAUUUGCUGCUUUCUGAACCCUGGUUUGAUAUGGCUCAGAAACACAUUGAGUGAUUAUUCUUUCCAAAUCUCACACAGAUUUGCCAACAUAGAUAAUGUAAAAUAUUGAAACUGCAGCUAAUUUUUUUAAUUAGCUGCACUCUGGCAAAGUAUUUGUGUGUGUCUGUUUUAAUGAUUUUAUUAGGAAGGUUAGUUAGUUAAGAACAAAUUCUUAUUUUCAAUGACAGCCUAGGAACAGUGGGUUAACUGCCUUGUUCAGGGGUCGAACGACAGAUUUGACCUUGUCAGCUUGGGGAUUCGAUCUUGCAACCUUUCGGUUACUAGUCCAACGCUCUAACCACUAGGCUACCUGCCGAUCAUCCAUCUGUUGGACUUCUUCUGUGUGUUGCUCUGUCUGUUGACUUGGGUCCUUGUCCUGUUUGGCACCAGAAUGUAUAACACCAGUCUGGUCUGUGCUCAUAUGAUUGAUUUAAAAGCAAAUGGGGUCAUAACAACUAAGCGUGAGGCUCUACUUCUAUGCUGUUAUUGUCCCUUGGCUACCAGGCUGUGAACAGUGUGAAGUGGACACAGAUACUGUGUGAGAGUGAAGUCUUGCAUCAUGAUCAUCUCCAUAUCUGCUGUGCUGCUUGUGACAAUGUCAUUUAUCUGAGUCUACCUUUUAAUGCUGAUCAGAGAGCCAAUGGUGUGUUGAUCUGAGUUGGUUUGCUCAUUCAUGGCCCUUUGCCCUGAGUGACCCUGUGAGUAACCAAUAUGUGCCUGGCUUUUUACCGGUAUCAUGAUUUAACUUGAAGUAUCAGUAGGAUUUUUGGGGGAUGCCGCAAAGGGCUAAAAUAUCUUUCAUCUGAAUCACUUUGAGGAGUGGUUAUGUUAACUUGUGACUUACUAACUUUGGACUCCAGUAAACUUAAAGUUAUCCACAUAAAGCAAAUUCCAUACAGGCUUAAUAAAAAAAAGUUAAUAUUCACAAUUUUAUUUAUACCCAUUUGUUUGUAAAUAAUAUUCUGUUUUUUGUUGUCUUAUAUUUUUGUAAAGGACAAAAUUCUUAGAAUGUAUUUACACUGAGACAUUCCCUAUGCUCACUGCAAGAGAGAUGAAAACCAAUGCAUGACAUUUCUCUCUGUUUCUACGCCCUUUUAUUAAAUAAAAGGUCAAGGAAAAGCAUCAUUAUUCAGGGUAUUAUAAGCACUACCUGUAUGUGGUAUAAGCUGCUGAGUUGAUUGUAAGGAUGAUGAACGGUUUUGCAAAUAAAUGUGGCUGCAUAGUUGCCAUGGAAAUUAAA